AUGAUUCAUUCUUUAAUUUCCACAUUAUUUUUAUUGAAUCUAUUCACUAUUCCUUCAUUCGCUUUUAACGCUAAUUCAAAGCAAAAUGUCGCUGUUUACUGGGGCCAAAGCUCUGGUGGCUCUCAACAAUCGCUAGGUGAGUACUGUAAAUCUUCCGAUGCAGACAUCUUUCUAUUGUCAUUUUUGAGCGACUUUCCAAAUAUGAAUCUUGACCUUUCCAACGCUUGCUCUGGAAUGGGCGACUGCUCCUCGGUGGGUCAAGAUAUUAAAUCAUGUCAACAACAAGGUAAAAUUGUCCUACUUUCACUCGGUGGUGCUGCUGGUCAAUAUGGUUUCAGCGAUGAUAAUGAAGGUGAACAAUUUGCUCAAGAGCUCUGGGACACCUUUGGUGGUGGUUCUGGUAAUCAACGUCCAUUUGGUGAUGCUGUCGUUGAUGGGUUCGAUUUCGAUAUUGAAAAUAACAAUGCUAAAGGUUAUGCAGCUUUGGCUACGGCUUUAAGAAACAAAUUCCAAGGCGGUAACAAACAAUUUUAUCUAUCAGCAGCUCCUCAAUGUUACUAUCCCGAUGCUUCUGUUGGUGAUCUUUUGAAUAAUGCACAAGUUGAUUUUGCCUUUAUCCAAUUCUACAACAACUACUGUAGCGUUGAGGGUCAAUUCAAUUGGGACACUUGGGAGAAUUUUGCUGAAACUUCCUCCCCCAAUAAAGACAUCAAAUUGUUUUUGGGAUUACCGGGUUCCGUGAGCGCUGCUGGUAGUGGUUACGUGAGCGAUAUUUCCACUUUGAAGAGUACUAUUUCCAAGAUUUCUAGUAGUUCCUAUUUCGGUGGUGUGUCUCUAUGGGAUGCAUCUCAAGCCUUUUCCAACAAUGUUGGCGGACAAACCUACGUUUCUGAGAUUAAAAAUGCGCUUGGUUCAGUCUCUGAUUCAGGCUCUGAUUCAGGUUCAGGUUCAGGUUCAGGUCAAAGCUCUUCAAGUGCUGCACCAUCUGCAAGCUCAUCUUGGAGUUCCUCCUCAAGUGCUGCACCAUCUCCAAGUGUUGCCCCAACUUCUAGUUCUUCCUGGAUCUCGUCAAGCGCCGCACCAUCUUCAGGCUCAUCUUGGAUCUCGUCUAGUGCUGCACCAUCCUUAAGUGUUGCACCAACCUCCAGUGCAUCUACUUUUGCACCAUCUUCAGGUUCCUCCUGGAGUUCCUCUUCAACUGCUGCACCAUCUUCAAGCUCUGCCCCGGCACCAUCUUCAAGCUCUACCCCGGCACCAUCUUCAAGCGCUACCCCGGCACCAUCAUCAAGCUCUACCCCUGCUCCAACGCAAGCUGCACCAAGCUCUUCAAGCUCUGAUUCCUACCCAUCAUCCAGAUCUACAACCACUUUAGCACCAUCUCCUAGCUCUACCUCUAGUAGCAGCAGUGCACACUCACUUGCGGUGAGCUUAAACCAGAAGUACUUUAAUGGUUACACCGACCAGGGUCAAUGCAACAGUGGUGACAUAGCUUGUACACAAAAUGGUAACUUUGCUAUAUGUGACAAUGGCUCGUGGGUCGAAACUGAAUGUGCUUCUGGCACUACUUGUUUCGCCUACGAUUCUGACGACUCUGUUUACGCAGGUUGCAACUUCCAAAGUUUGAAGUCUAACUAUUUGUCAUGA